UCCCAUGCACUUUUCACAGAGAAAUUUUCCAGCAAAUUGGUAGAGAUCAAGAGAGACAAAGUGUGAGACAAAUCGCGAGCAAAAGUCGCGUUUAUAGACAAAAAAUUCCUACUCCAAUCAGGAAUCAAUCUGACAAAAUUCCUACUAAACUCUCACGAGUCAAUAACUGUAGGAAUCAUUUCUGACAUUAAUUCCUACUCCGAUCACCUCUCUCUGUUCAUAGUAUUAUAUUCUUCUUCCCCAAUUCUCACUCCAUUCUAUAAAUCUCUCUCUCUUUCCCUCUUCUUCUCUUCCCCGGAUCAGUUUCGCUUUCGAACUUCGACCCCCGUAGGAAAUUUCAAGAUGGUGAGCGCUGCUGUUGCUCGGUUUAUCGUCGGCGUCAUUGGAAAUGUCAUCUCCUUCGGCCUCUUCCUCUCGCCAUUACCAACAUUUUUUACAAUCAUUAAGAAAAAGUCGGUGGAAGAAUUCAAGCCAGAUCCCUAUAUUGCAACAACCCUAAACUGUAUGUUUUGGGUGUUUUAUGGGAUGCCAUUUGUUCAUCCAAAUAGCUUUCUUGUCAUCACCAUUAAUUCCGUUGGCCUUGUUUUAGAGAUGAUUUAUUUGACCAUAUUCUUCUUCUUUGCUGAUUAUAAAGGCCGGAAGAAAGUGUGUGUCUCUCUUCUUAUUGAACUCAUAUUUGUGUCCAUAGUUGUUCACAUAACUAUUCUAGCUCUGCGUGGAACCAAAAGUAGAUCACUGAUGGUGGGAAUAAUUUGUGACAUCUUCAAUAUUUUGAUGUAUAUUUCGCCGCUAACCAUCAUGAAAAAGGUGAUACAGACAAAAAGUGUCAAGUAUAUGCCAUUUACUCUUUCAUUGGCAAACUUCUUCAAUGGUUGCGUCUGGACAGCUUAUGCCCUCAUCGAAUUUGAUAUCUACAUAUUGAUUUGCAAUGGUAUCGGGGUAGUUUCAGGUCUCCUCCAACUAUUUCUAUAUGCAUAUUUCUCAAUAACGGGUUCAAAAGAGGAAGAAAUUAUAGAGAAGGAACCAAAAAAGAUUCAACUCUCCACCGUGGAAGGACCAUGCAAAGUUGUCGUGGAAGGACCAUGCAAAGUUUAAGUGUCGUUCUUAGUUUAGAAAUUAGGUUAACAAUUGUGUCCUUAGCUUUUGUGCCUUGUAUUGAUCAAAUUAAUUAUCCUUGUUUGAGAUUUUAAUUUUACCCAAAUAAGUUUGUUCCAUCUCAAUUUAUGAUUAAGCUUGAGCUAUUUUUCUUCCCUACAA